AUGGAUAGUCUUAAUAAUGACGUACGUCGAUAUAUGCUAUCACUGUUUGUUGAGAGAGAUGAUGCUUUGUGUUUGUUACGUCAAUUCCUAAUGCUGAAUAGGCAGUGGAGCACUCUUGCCGUGGAACAUCUGUAUAAAGACCCUUGGACAAGAUGGCAGCAUCAGUUUGUUAGUCAGCCAGUACGUGCUAAACAAUUAAUAGAUACAUUUAACAAAUGUCUACAAAACUACGAAGAAAAUAAUUCCACGUCGAUUGCUGUCGAUCGUCCACCCAGACGUCCUCGCCCCGACACCUACCUUGCAACUACUAACGAGUUUGAGAUUCCUCUCUGGGAUUAUGUAUCAAUGGUAAAAAACCUCCACGUACCUGCCCUGUACAAAUGUGUACAAAUCUGGAAUCAGCACACUCCAAACAUGAAUAAUUCACAAGAAUUUUUGUGCCGCAAGUUUAAUGACUUGUUCCAGGCCUUUGUCCAAAAAGCGCAAAUCAAAGAAUGCACAUUCGAAGAAUCAGCCGAGCCAUCAUCGUAUCCGCAUAUACCUGGACUGCUGACGUUUAUGGCAACUUCCCUUCGCGCUCGUCAUGUCGAUUUGAGAUAUCUAAAUCUGGGUUAUUUCGAAUGUACGGAUGAAGAUUUGAGAGUUCUUGCUGAUAAUUGUAAACAUCUCGAGACAUUUAAAAUACGUGCAACCAAAUGCAGCGAUGAGGCAUUGGCCAAUCUUAUCAGUUCACAAAAAAAACUGGUAAAACUGAAAAUAAGGCUUGCCAAUGAUAUAAAGUUGACCCUGGAGGCAAUCGGAUCCCAAUCUGCUUCGCUGGUAAAGUUGAGGAUAAUUGCCUGUAGAAUGAGUUCAUGCUCUGAACCGUUCGAAGGAAUAGGCGCAUGCAAGCAACUCAGAUCGUUGUAUAUCAGAAAUGCAAGAGAUUUCAGAACUAAUACGCCUACUUUGAUGAUGCCAAUCGCCAACAAUUGUGAGUUUCAUAAUGUCGAUUUCUCGGGUACAAAUAUUCCGGCUGUCGUAAUUGCGUCGAUAGCAGAAACAUCUAAAUUGACUCUACGCAGGGUUCACAUAAAUAGAGCUAAUAGUCAUUACGUUGGCGAAGACGACGAAUCAGGGACAGAACAAUUGCUCGACAUGUCUGUUGGCAUUAGAGCAUUGGGUGACCAUGCAAAAAACUUGGCUGAGUUUGAGCGCAACAUUCUUCCAAUUGAAGCUGAUGCAUUAAUCUACAUGUUGAGGUUAAUCGGACGUCAACUGCAUAGGUUGGAAAUUGGUUCCAGCGCCAUGGCAUCCAGGGAAUCGUCCGAUCUUGUUACAGCAAUCGGUCUUUAUUGUCCUAACAUAACCAGUCUUGACAUAUCAUGUUUUCUUUUUAGUGAAGGAGCAUUUUCAGAAAUACUAAGAAGAUGUAAGAAGCUGCAGGUGCUCUAUCUUCAUAACAUACCUAUUGUGAAUGAUACGUUAUUACGUAUGAUUAGGGAGGAAUUAGGAGGUACGCUAAAGGAUCUAUAUCUGAGCAAUCAUCGUGCAAGCGUAGAUGCAGUAGCGGAAUUGGACUCAAUAAUGGAAGUGAUUGAUGAAGGGCCUUACGAAGACGAAGAAUAUUAA